AUGAGUUUAGAAGGAGUUAGAAUUUUGAAUGGUCCUUUGACCGAUGCGCAAGAAGCCAUUGCGUUGGUACACGCCCUGGAAGUAGUGGACAUCUACACUGCCUCCUGGGGACCGGAAGACAAGGGCAACGCCAUAGGAGGACCUGGACAUCUGACCAGAAAGGCCAUCCUGAAAGGAGUGACACAAGGUCGUCGAGGCAAGGGGGCCAUCUAUGUGUGGGCGGCAGGAAACGGCGGCGCUUACUUGGACAACUGCAACCUCGACGGCUACGCAUCUAGUCCCUUCACGGUGACAGUGGGGGCCCUGGGGCCGGAAGGGCGCAGCGCAUUCUAUUCGGAGCACUGCGCGGCGGUCCUUGCCUCUGUCUAUGUGGGAGGGCCCCAUUAUCCCCCCUCCAAAGAAGACCUGGAAAAAGAAAGGCAAAAGCCGAAAGUGGUCGUUCCGGAAGGAAGAGGGAAAUGCAGACAGACAUUCCAAGGAACUUCCGCAGCUGCACCCCUCGCGGCUGGAGCCAUUGCACUUCUACUACAGGCAAACCCUUCUCUCGGAUGGCGGGACGUACAGCACAUCAUUCUCAACACCUGCCGCAUACCUUCCCCUGAAGAACACGGCUGGUUGUGGAAUGCGGCAGGCUUCCAUUUCCACCCCAAGAUCGGCUGCGGCGCCCUCGAUGUCGACAGGAUGGUCGCGUCAGCUAUUCACUGGAAGCCAGUUGGUCGCUUGAAAACGUGGAAGAGUCCACCAGUAAAGGGCAAAAAGUAA